CCGGUUGUUGAGGGCGGAAGUCGGGAAUGGUUCAGUGAGUUGGGGCUACUGGUCCGCCUUGGCGGGGAUAAGAGCGGUGAGGGGUACGGCGGUGCAACUGGGGGAGUCGGCCAUGGCGGCGGUGUUGUGCGCGGUGCUGGUUCUUGCCGUGUUGGCUGGACAAGGAGUAGAGGCGGACAAGAAUUCUGAGGAUGUCCGAUGCACAUGCAUCUGCCCUCCUUACAAAGACCAUGCUGGCAACAUUUUCAACAAAAAUAUUUCCCAGAAAGACUGUGAUUGUCUUCAUGUUGUGGAGCCCAUGCCAGUUCCUGGGCCAGAUGUGGAAGCAUAUUGCUUACGCUGUGAAUGCAAAUAUGAAGAAAGGAGCUCUGUCACAAUAAAAGUUACCAUCAUAAUCUAUCUGUCCAUUUUGGGUCUCCUUUUGCUGUACAUGGUAUAUCUCACAUUGGUAGAACCUAUUCUGAGGAGACGCCUAUUUGGUCAUUCACAGCUGAUACAAAGUGAUGAAGACGUUGGGGAUCACCAACCAUUUGCAAAUGCUCAUGAUGUGCUGGCUCGUUCCCGAAGUCGUGCCAAUGUGCUGAACAAAGUAGACUAUGCCCAGCAACGUUGGAAACUCCAAGUCCAAGAACAGCGCAAAUCUGUGUUUGACCGCCAUGUUGUCCUCAGUUAACUGAGAUACUUAAGUUUCUCCAAUUAAUUUUGGAAGAAAAGAAGUUGGACUGAAGUAAAGCAUGGAUUUGUCUUCCUGAUGCACUAUUUCAGAAUAUUUUUUGCUCAGUGGUAGCGAAGAAUAGUUGCAGACAUGGCAGACACAGCCAACGGGAGAUAUUUAAAUCUUUAACAAGCCAAAAUCUAACUCUGUAUGCUAUUCAGUGGCUCUUACCAAUAAAAUAUAAUUAUCUGUAUGGUAAUUAUGAUGCUGAAAUGAUUUAUUACAGUACUUAAGGAGAAAAUUCAUUGUUAUAUAUAUAUACAUAUAUGGAGAAACUGCAAAGACAAUGUGCAGCAACAUGUUACAAAUAACUUUACAUACUACUGAACUUUUGUAAAUGUAUUUUCGUACUCUUUGUGUACUGGAACACAGCUUAAGGUAUCGCUGUUACAUUCAAAUUGGCUGGUUGUGUAAAUUGUGUUGCUUGCACUGACAGCUGACCUGCAGAAAUAAAAUGUAGCAGAAAUGGACAGAUGAUAAGCUAGAGUCCUAAAGCAGGAGACUAAACUAUAAUUCUGUGCAUGUUUAGUGAAAGUACUGAUCACCUAUUUUGCUUCCUAAGUAUUUCCUCUGGUAUUUACAAAUCUUUAUGUUUAAAUUUUGGUCUUUGGUGAGUAACCGUAAAAAUUUAGCUUGAUAAUAGAAUGCAAAUAAAUUCUUAUGAGAUUUC